AUGAGCCAGAUCUACGAUACUUUCAACCAGGAGCCUGGCUGGCAGUCUCUCGGAAAUAACCAGGUUGCUGAGUUCACCGCCAUCAAUGUCAUCAAUGUUUCAACCUCCAGGAUACAGACUAUGGCAGUUCACGGUGAGGUAGCCGCUGCUAUGUAUAAUGAACAAUCGACAUCGAAUAAACACAAGUGGGCGAGAUAUUCGAGCGGGUGGUACGCCACGCUGAAGGUUCCCGGUCUCUUGCUCGAAACAGAAUGCCUCUCGGUCAAUGGAAGUGCGGUCAAUUCCUGGACAGUUGCUGCAACUGAAAACGCUACAAUAUCACUGAAUAUUGGACCAUCCACGUUGAACGACUCUUUUGGGGGUGUGCGGUGCUUAGUAUCAAUUGAAAAUGCCCAAAUCGCACUUCAGCAGUGGCUUUAUGAUGGGACCGGAGACUACAGUUAUAGUAUCACCAAUUGGGGCCAAGGUAUGAACACUGGUAUUACCAAGCUAGGAGGCUCCGGGGACGAUCUCUCUAUAGCUACUGAAGGCGCCGACUGGUUCCAGGCGUUUUUGCCUAACCUUCAGAAUCUGUCGUCGGCUCCCCAGAUUGUGAACCUCACAUCGCUUGUCAUGACAGUUGCCGAUAGCCUUGUGAGUUUGAACAGGGGAUACAGCGAAAGCUUAGCGAUAUCAGCAGUGGUUGGUACAAUCUUUGCUGACAUGUUCACUUCUUUCGAAUGGACAUACACGGACAUACCGGGGAACACUACACAUCAAGGCCCAAUUCGUUGGCAAAUCUAUGGCUCUGGACCCCGCUUACCUUGGGAAUGGACGAUCGCCAUAGUUCUGGGCGUUGUCGUCCUGAUUCAAGUCUACGAUCUCGGCCUGCUUUUCCGGUAUCAUGGCCUGGCUCAGGGAUAUUGGCUGAGUCUCGGUGGAAUGAUGCGAACUGCCAGUUCCUCGCCCCCAAUCAAUGAAACGUCCGAUAGUCAAACCGCAGGAGUCCUGGCCAAACAUGCCGAGCCAAAUCGGUUGUUCGCGCGUGAGAUCAGAGGCUUGGAUGGCCAGAAUACCGGACAAAUCAUUCUCAUUGACCAGGAGACUUUGAACUCGCAACGUGGACUUGGUGCGGAGCAAUACGUGGAGCUCCAACACGACCGAGAAUACAGCAAAAAGGACCAAUAG